CUUUAAGUUAGAACUUGGAGUUGGGACUAUAAAGGCACAUCUCGACUUGCGCACCUUCAAUCACCAUUUGACACGUGGCAACGUUGAUAUCAUUCAGCAGUGUAGUGUCAUCUCAUUGUCGCCGGUAGAGUAAAAACUAAAAACUGUUUAACUUGUCGGUCUAAAGAAUAAUGCAAGACUUUAUAUAAUUUUUUGUGAGCCUGUUUCUGUAUCUGUCUUUCAAAUCUCAAAUUAAAAAUUUUAUUAUUUAACUAUUAAUAAAAAAUGGCACGGCUACAAGUGCUCUGUUUAAGUCUACUUGCAGUAUGUGCAACAUUCUGGAAUCCAGUGCAAGGAGUAGCAGUAAUGAGCGUGGACUUUGGUAGUGAAUGGAUGAAAAUUGGAAUUGUUUCACCAGGAGUGCCCAUGGAAAUAGUUCUUAACAAGGAGUCCAAAAGGAAAACUCCUGUUGCCAUUGCAUUCCGCAAUGAUGAGCGUACAAUUGGAGAAGAUGCUUACACCAUUGGAGUAAAGUUCCCUUCUAACAUGUAUUUCUAUCUUCUGGAACUUUUGGGGAAAUCAAUUGAUAACCCACUGGUGCAACUUUACCAAAAGAGAUUCCCCUACUAUACAAUUGUUGAAGAUCCUGAAAGAAAGACAUUGCUCUUUGAGCAUGAUAGUGAAACAAAAUUCAGUCCAGAAGAACUUGUGGCCAUGAUAUUAACCAAAGCAAAGGAAUAUGCAGAAAGCUUUGCACUUCAACAAGUUACUGAAUGUGUAAUAACUGUCCCUGCAUUUUUCAACCAAGCAGAACGUAGAGCAAUGUUGAAAGCAGCAGAACUUGCUGGAAUUAAAGUGCUACAACUUAUGAACAGUAAUACUGCCGCGGCAUUGGAUUACGGCAUUUUCCGCCGUAAGGAUUUCAAUGAAACUGCCCAAAACAUCCUCUUCUACGAUAUGGGUGCUUCAAGUACUGUUGCUACAGUAGCUAGUUACCAGGUUGUAAAGAUCAAGGAAAGGGGAUACGCAGAGUACCAUCCACAAGUUAGCGUAUCUGGUCUUAGCUAUGAUCGAACACUCGGUGGUUUGGAAAUUCAGAUCCGGUUGCGCGAUUAUCUCGGCAAAGCCUUUAACGACAUGAAGAAAACUAAAAAUGACGUGUUCAAAAAUCCAAGGGCAAUGGCUAAACUUUUCAAAGAAGCCGGGCGAGUGAAAAAUGUGUUGAGUGCCAAUGUUGACCAUUUCGCCCAAGUGGAAAACUUGAUCGAUGAACAAGACUUCCGUUAUCAGGUGACGCGCGAACAGCUCGAAAAUCUUUGCUCCGAUCUGUUUGAAAGAGUUACACAGCCCAUCGAGCGUGCGUUGGCUGCAUCUAAGCUGACCCUGGACGAUAUAGGUCACAUUAUCAUUGUUGGCGCUGGUACUCGUAUGCCUAAAGUACAAGAGGUUCUUACUGCUUUUACCAAGAGGGAACUCGGAAAGAAUUUAAAUGCGGACGAGGCUCCCGCUUUGGGUGCCGUUUACCGAGCGGCCGAUCUCAGCACUGGUUUCCAGGUCAAAAAAUUCAUGACAAAAGAUGCUGUUGUAUUUCCCAUCGAGGUGGAUUUUGAACGUGAACUAGAUUCCGGAGACGAUGGCAAAAAAGUUGUGAAAAUCGUGCGUAGGACUCUAUUUCCAGCAAUGAACCCUUAUCCACAGAAAAAAGUUCUGACGUUCAAUAAACACAACGAAGACUUCGUUUUCUACGUGAAUUAUGGAAACAUGUCGUCUUUACCAGAGUCGGAAGUGGCUGUUUUAGGAUCAUCAAAUUUGACCAAAGUAGAACUAAGUGGUAUCGCAAGUGGCUUGACUAAGCACCAAGAUGAUGGAGCCGAAUUCAAAGGCAUCAAAGCCCACUUUUCUAUUGAUGACAGCGGACUGCUUAGUCUUGGUAGUGUGGAGAGUACUUUCGAAAAAAUUCAUCCCGUUGUUGCUGAUGAUUCAGCUGAAGCUGCAAAUAGCACUCAAGGUGAAGGAUUCAAUAGUACAGAUAGCUCGAAUGUUACAGAGAAAAAUAGCACGGCCACCAAACAAGAAAAGAAACCCAAAAUCGAGACCCUUAAAGAAGAAAUCAGCAAACAAGAAUCAAUUCUAGAUCUUCCAGAUCUAACUGGUGCCGCUCUCACUGUGGCUCAAAAGCGAAUUGACGCUUUGAACGAAAAGGAUCGUGCUCGCAAAGAAAAGGAAAUUGCGCAGAAUAAUCUCGAGACGUUCAUCCUAGAUAUCCAGGAUAAAUUGAGCCAAGAUGAAUUUCAAUCACUAACAACUGAAGACGACCGCACGAAAAUUUUGGAAAAAUGCUCUGAAACUUCAGAGUGGCUUUAUGACGAAGGAAGCGAUGUUGAUGCCAAGGAAUAUCAGAAAAAGCUGCAAGUAUUGAAGGACCUUACGGGGGCAAUGUUUGAGAGGCAUCGCGAACACCGAGAUAGACCUGAGGUUAUCGCUGCGUUCAAAAACGCUAUGAACUUCUCGACUCAUUUUUUGAGCAAGUUAAGAAAUGCUACUCCUGAUGAAAAGUACUUGGAUGAUGAUGAUCUUGACGGUUUAGAAACAUUACUCGAAGAUAACCAAUCUUGGUUAGACAAGAAAAUGCUAGCGCAAAAGGAAACACCCUUGUACGAAGCCCCCGUUCUCACUCUCAAAGCCAUCGCCGAAAAAAUGGGUGUCAUGGAUAAAGAGGUGAAAAUGCUUGUGAACAAAGCCAAGAAUGCACGCACAAAACGUCUGAAAGAGUUGGCGGAAAAGUUGAAAGAGUUUGAUAAAAAGGCCAAUGAAACAACUGAGGAAACAAAAGAAGAAACUGCUGAAAAGAAAGAAAAAGAAGCGGAAGAUAAAAAAGAAAAAACUGAACAAUCAUCUGACUCUUUAGAUGAUGAUCAUGUUGAACUAAUUAAGCAGACGAGAGACGAUCGGCAUCAACAUUUAUUCGCUGUAAAGUUUUUUCUGGUCUUGAGCAGUGCAAAUGUUUUUAAAAAGAUUUUAUCCGACUUGCUAGAAUUACUUCGUUUGGCUAAAAUCCGUCACAACGCCAUGGCUGUUCCUCGACGUGGAGUACUCCGACACAAACAACUAGCUGAGGCAGAAGCAAAAGAUAAAUUUGAAGAUUUGUUGGUGUUUGGUUACGCCUGCAAAUUGUUUCGUGACGACGAGCGAGCAUCGGAAAUCGAUCAAGGGAAACUUCUGAUUCCAUGGAUGGGCGAUGACACAAUCAAGAUUGAUAGGUAUGACGCGCGAGGCACAUUAUUCGACCUGAAACCACAUGAAGCACCCCAGGGCGGCCACGAUCGCACCGAAGGGCUCACGUCCGAAGAAAGACGCAUUGAAAAACUAUGUGACGAAGAACGCUACUUCGCUCUUUACAAAGAUGAAGCGGAAGAAGCUGUCAUCAAAGAAGAGGAAAUCAAGAGGCUUAACCAGGAUCUGAGUGAAGUCACAUCAGAGGAAGUCUCUUAUCAUCAGGUCCCCUUUAGCUACACCAGUUCAACAGAGGUCAGUGACUUGAACUCAAAAGAAGUCCCUCUUCAAUCAGCACUUGGUGAAUUGGGAGACGCAGUUUACGUACCUCCUCCUAUACUUGACGUACCACCGGACAUCAUAGUGCCACCGACUCAAAAGUUAGCGAGGAUUAUUGAGAAAACGGCAAACUUUAUUUCUUCUCAAGGGACUCAAAUGGAAAUCAUUGUCAAGGCCAAACAAGCCAACAACCCCAUGUUUCAGUUUCUACAUUUUGACACUGCCUUGCACCCAUUUUACCGUCACGUACUCGCAGCCAUACGUAACGGAAACUAUGUCAUUCCUACUGAAGAUCCAGUCGAAAAUGACGACAGAGGAGAAUCCGCAAAGAGCAACGGACAUGUGAAUGAAUCCGACAGCGAAGGCGAUAAUUAUUUGCACCCUCUUUUACAAUCCAAAAUUUCGGAUCCGGUCGUUUCACCGACAUUAGAAUCAAAUGAUGAUGCGCAGCCUUUACAGCUGUCUCCAGAUGUUCGUUUACUAAUUGAUAAAACUGCAAGUUACAUGUCGCGGAUUGGACGCCAUUUGGAAUCGGUUGUUCAAAGCAAAGGCGACCCUCGUUUUAGUUUCCUCAGUACCGAACAUGCAUUUCACAGCUAUUACAAGGAGAAACUAUUACUCUACACCGAUAUGCAGCAAGAGCUACAAGCCAAGCAGUCAGAAUCCUCGAAUCAUUCCGUGGAAAGCAAAAGGGAGACGAGAGAAGAAAGCCCUGCAGAACGUUUGGUUGUUGAUCCCGAGCUGAUGAAGACGGAACGUCGGAAAAAGGCGGCGUUAUUUCUUGACCAAAUGAGAAGGGAUAAAGUUGCUGGGAGAGAGGCAAUAGAAGAGACGGAAACAGCAGAGAUUGCAUCUACAAGUAGUUCAACAAAGAAAAGCAAAUCUGGCAGCCCUGACGAUGCAGAUGUAGAAAUUAUUGGUGCUAUUUCUGGAGAAACGAGAGAAAGAUCACGGAGUUUAUCCACUACUCGUUCCAUGUCUCGUUCCCCAUCUGAAAGACGACGGCGAGCGAUCCGUCGCCGUAGUCGAAGUCGCAGCCCACAGUCCAGCAGAACUAGAUACCGCAGCGUGAGUCGAACCAGACGAAGUAGAAGUCGUAGUCGUAACAGACCCAUCCACAGAAGCCCAUCACCACGACGUCCACACAAAAAGCACCGUAGUCGCGACAGGCAUCGAAAGGAAAAGAGGAAACGGCGUAGUCGUGAUCGAUUACGUAAAAGUAAACGUCGCCAUCGAUCUCGAAGUCGAUCGGGAAGCGACAGGUUUAGCCGGAGUCGAAGUAAAAGUCCACGGAACAAGAGUCGAUCACCUUCACGUGAAUCACGCGUAUCACCCAUCACUUCCGCUGUUCGUAAACUCGCAGCAGAAGCUGCAGCUUCCAAGAGUUGUUCGGAAACUUCAAGUCCAUUGCCUUCGCAAUUAAUGACAAUUCAGCCAGCUUUUGCGAAAAUUGCCGAGGGUAUCCGAGCCAAGGUUAUUGCAAUGAUUGAAGGCGAUAAGAAAUAGAUGCUGCUGUCCUCUAAAUGAGAAGUAGGCGACGUUUUAUCGAUUCUCCCGUUACAUCGAAAUAAAUAAAUUAAUAAUUUUUUUUUGUUUCCACCGAAGCCGUUUCGACUUACUUAAUGAAUAAAUGAAUUCAAUUUG